GACAAAUUUCGGUUAUUGAUUUGUUAGUUUUCUUUUACCGGUUUAGCAGAACCCUACAUACUUGGGUUCUGUUCUUGAUCUCUUGUGGUGAAAUAAAAUGAUUUCGACGCUCCGUCGCGCCGUGUUUCUCCGUCGAUUUCCGGCGGUGGUUUCUCCGAUCAAAAGGGCUUUCAGCAGUAGAAUUGACGAUGAAUUCGAUCCCCAAAUCAUGAAUAUAAAUGAGCUGAAUCAGGAGAUGCAGUCAAUCUUUGGACAAGAACCUUCUCCCGAUGGUCCUGGGACAAUGGAUUUCUCUGAGUUGAAAUCAUCCAAAAUCGAACCUUUGAGAUCGAAGAAUAUUGAUUUUAGACAACAAAUUGAGUAUCAUAAAUCUACACACUCGAGCAAGAAUGAUUCGCAAGCUAUAGAACAAUAUGCAAAAGUGGCUAGUGAUAUGUCUAAGCUAACACAUGUUGGUAUCGCAGGGGAAGCUCAAAUGGUGGAUGUUUCUUCUAAGGACAAUUCCAAGAGAACUGCAUUGGCCUGUUGUAAAGUUAUUCUUGGGAAACGAGUAUUUGAUUUGGUCUUAGCGAAUCAAAUGGGGAAAGGAGAUGUUCUUGGAGUGGCGAAAAUAGCUGGGAUCAACGGAGCAAAACAAACCAGCAGCUUAAUACCAUUGUGUCAUAACAUUGCUCUUACGCAUGUUCGUGUAGACUUACGACUAAACCCUGAGGAUUUUAGUGUUGACAUUGAAGGAGAAGCUUCUUGCACUGGAAAAACCGGAGUUGAGAUGGAAGCUAUGACUGCUGUAUCAGUUGCUGGUUUGACUGUUUACGAUAUGUGUAAGGCUGCUUCCAAAGAUAUCAGUAUUACAGACGUGAGGCUCGAGCGUAAAACUGGUGGAAAGAGCGGGUCUUGGUCUAGACUCUAGAGGGGACUGAACACAUUCAACAUUUGCCUCUGUUGCUAUAAAGGUUAGCUUUCUUUAUCUUAUUUGGAUGCUUGGGUGAUAUCUCUUAUAUGGAAAGAUGGAAACUUUUGAAUCUCGAUUAGUCAAUUAGGCACUGUGAAAGACACUAUAGUUUUGCUCACAAUUUGUUGCUUCUGCUGUUUUAGUUUGGGUACUCUCUAAGAACAAAGGUGAAAUAUUACCUAUUGAUGCUUAAGAGCGGAUUGAAACUACCAAGUUUGUUCUUUUUAGUAUUUAUUCUUGCAAUGGGUUAUGUGUAAGAACACACAUAACAUCUCUCUUGAAUCUUGUUAUAAUUAGAUCAUCACAACACUAUUAAAAGGGUCAGAUAACAUAGUGUUUAUAUGUAUAGGUAUAUAGGUUAUCAUGUCGAUUUGUGAAUCUUUUUGUAUGCAUAUGGUUCAUGUUACGACCUUGGAAUGAUGAGUGAGCACUAAACAUAUACUAAAGCAGAGAAAGCUAGAAAGUGUGCUAGGCUGUCUCUACUGGCCAAAGUCUCUUUUUUUCAUUCUUUCUUGUAGCUUUUGCUUUCUUGUCUCCUCUAAUCAAAUACUCCAUUUCGAGAUCUCUCCGUCUGAUUUCUUACCAAUGUACUAAUCAUUAAUCAAAUUGGAACUACGUGUAGCACUAUGGCUUGUCCGAACCAGUAAAACCGGCUGAGAAAAGAUCCUGUCAACGAACCAACCGGUCAAGUACGGAUUUCUUUAAUUGUAAAGUUGGGUACGUGUUUAUGAAGCGAACGUGUUUGAUAGAAAAAAAAUGAAUGCUUGCAACUGUGAAGACUGAAAAGUCAUGAUUUAGUGUUGAGACUUAUUCAAAUUAUUAUGUCCACAUUCUUUAAACAGUGGGAAGAGAGAGAUUGGUGACAGCAUUAAAUUGGUGGUCACACAUACCAAUAUCACAAAAUUUAGUACUUGUACCCCAUAAAGAAGAGGGUCACUAUAUUCAAUUAUUCAUGUUUUAUGAUGUAAUAUACUAUAGUAGAUGUUAACAUAUCGAAGCAUUGAAUAUGAAAGUUCCAAAUCUUGAUGGUCAUUAUUUCGAAUUCUUGUGGGCGAAUAAAUGAAAAGAG